AGGGCGGGGCCCGGGAUGCCCCGGAAGUACUUCCCCACGUUCUACGUCGGAAACAUGGCGACCGUGCAAAUGGCCUGCUCCCCUUUGGGCGGGCCGCCGCGAGAGGCGCCGCGGGAGCUGCCCCGAGAGCAGGGCGCUGGCUUCCGCCGCCUGUCGGCCCGGCUGCGCGCCCUGCGCCCGGAUGACAGCAGCGCCGCCCGCACCGAGAUCCACCUGCUCCUGGACCAGCUCAUCUCCGAGAACUACGGCGCGGGCGGCGGCGUGGCCCCGGAGGAUGUCAGUACUCUUCUUGUCCAAGCUUGCCGACUGGUGCCUCUUAAUCAGAAUCAUCUUGUCAGCAAAGUGUCUCAGCUUACCCACCAUUUACUUAACACAUUACAGGUGAUAGUUGAUGAGCGAAACCUGGAUUUUCUGUUGGCGUAUACAAUUUCUGCAAUUCAACAGUGCAGCUCCUGGACACAUGUGAAAAUUCUUCAAGCCCUGGCAGCUCUGGUUUACGGCAAUGGCUCAAGAUGUCAAAAGUAUCUCCCAGACUUAUUAGGCAAGAGUGGACUCUUGAUGAAGUUGAGUGACUUGGCUCAGUCUGACCCUGAAGUUAGGAGAGCUGCAGUGCAUUGUAUGGCAAACCUAUGUCUCAGUGUGCCAGGACAGCCGUACUUGGAGGAGCCCUACCAGAAUAUCUGCUUCCAAGCUUUCUUGACCAUUUUACAGUCUCCAAAAUCACCUGAUAUGGAUGAUAUCACGUUUUGCAUGUUGUUACAAAAUGCAUUAAAAGGUAUACAGUCUCUUCUAAAUGGUGGGAAAAUGAAAUUGACACAGACGGAUGAACUUGGAGCUCUUCUAGCUGUGCUCAAGAAAUCCAUGUUUCAUGGACUCCCCGGAAUAAACAUAGAGAUGCCCACGGUAUUAUACCCGACUCCACUUCCUCAGUAUGAUGGACGACCACCUGUCAAAUUGCAACUACCAGAAUCCAGUGCUUCUCGACCAGCUAUGAAUAGAAAGAAAAAAUCAAAAAUAAAACCAAGGAAAAUCCAGCCAGGAGAGGAAGAGGAGGAGGAAGAGUCCAGUGGUGAAAGAGAAGCAGCCCCAGUUACUGGCUUGGGCAGAGCGAACCUGCAUGAAGGGAGCACCCAGUCUCCCUCCUCCUUGGCUGUCCAGAGUUUGCGGUUAGAUGGAAGUGGAACUGCAGGAAAAGAUGGAGUCUCCUCACCCUUCAGUUCUUCCGGUUGGAAAAGGGUCAGCAGUAGUGACUCAGACUAUUCUGAUACUGAAGGAGGCAUGCAGAGUAAAAUGAGGUCUUACCAAGCCAAAGUUCGCCAAGGAGCAUUAGCUUGUUUUCUUUCUACUAUAAAAUCAAUAGAAAAAAAAGUUCUUUAUGGCUACUGGUCAGCCUUUGUUUCUGAUACACCUGAGCUUGGAAGCCCACAGUCUGUUUCCUUGAUGACUCUUACAUUAAAAGAUCCUUCCCCAAAGACGCGUGCCUGCGCUCUGCAAGCUUUGUCUGCCAUCUUGGAAGGCUCAAAGCAGUUUCUUUCUGUUGCUGAAGAUACCAGUGACCACAGAAGGGCUUUCACUCCCUUCUCUGUCAUGAUCGCUUCCAGUAUCAGAGAGUUGCACAGAUGUCUUUUGUUAGCGUUGGUGGCUGAGUCAUCCUCACAGACCCUUACUCAGAUCAUUAAGUGCCUUGCAAAUUUAGUAUCAAAUUCGCCUUAUAACCGUCUGAAGCUCAGCCUGCUGACCAAAGUCUGGAACCAAAUAAAGCCUUAUGUCCGCCACAAAGACGUUAAUGUCCGUGUGUCAAGUCUCACACUCUUGGGAGCCAUAGUAUCCACUCACGCACCUUUACCUGAAGUUCAGCUGCUUCUACAACAGCCCUGUUCUUCUGGACUCGGCAAUAGCGAUUCAGCAACCCCCCACCUCAGCCCCCCUGAUUGGUGGAAGAAAGCCCCGGCAGGACCCUUUCUGGAAGAAGCAUCAGUUAGCUCCCCCACGGGGUCUGCAGAGCCCUGCUGGCUCAUUCGGCUUUGCAUUUCCACUGUUGUGCUGCCCAAGGAGGACUCCUGUUCAGGUAGCGAUGCUGGCUGUGCAGCAGGAAGCACCUAUAUGCCAUCCCCCAUGCGACUGGAGGCCUUACAGGUGUUGGCUCAUCUGGCAAAGGGCUACUUUUCCGUGGCUCAGGUCUACUUGAUGGAGCUUGCAGAGGUGAUUUGCAAGUGCAUGGGGGAAGCAGAUCCUUCUAUCCAGCUUCAUGGAGCAAAGCUUCUGGAAGAACUGGGUACAGGCUUAAUACAACAGUACAAGCCAGAUUCCAGCCUAGCACCUGAACAGAGAGUGCCCGUCACCUUGGUGGUGCUCUUCUGGACUAUGAUGCUGAGCGGCCCUUUACCCAGAGCCCUGCAGAACGCAGAGCACCCGACUCUGCAGGCCAGCGCCUGCGACGCCCUGUCGUCCAUCCUGCCAGAAGCCUUCAGCAGCCUGCGGAGUGACUGGCAGAUCCUGUGCAUCACAGUGCUGCUUGGGCUGAACGACAGCAAGAACCGUUUAGUGAAAGCUGCAGCCUCACGGGCCCUCGGAGUCUACGUGCUUUUUCCCUGUCUCAGACAGGAUGUCAUAUUUGUUGCAGACACAGCAAAUGCAAUAUUGAUGUCACUUCAAGACAAGUCUCUGAAUGUCCGGGCCAAAGCAGCCUGGUCCCUGGGCAACCUGACAGACACUCUGAUUGUCAACAUGGAAACACCAGACCCCAGUUUCCAGGAAGAGUUCUCUGGCCUCCUGCUCUUGAAGAUGUUGCGAUCAGCUAUAGAAGCUUCCAAGGAUAAAGACAAGGUUAAAAGUAAUGCAGUCCGGGCCCUUGGAAAUUUGCUUCAUUUUCUACAACCAUCUCAUAUAGAAAAACCCCAAUUUGCUGAAAUCAUUGAGGAGUCUAUCCAGGCCUUGAUCUCUACUGUUCUGAUUGAGGCUGCCAUGAAAGUCCGAUGGAAUGCUUGUUAUGCUAUGGGAAAUGUAUUUAAAAAUCCUGCUCUUCCAUUAGGAACAGCUCCGUGGACCUCCCAGGCCUACCAUGCCCUGACAUCGGUUGUGACAUCAUGCAAGAAUUUCAAAGUGCGCAUCAGGUCUGCCACCGCCCUUUCCGUCCCAGGCAAGAGAGAACACUAUGGGUCUGUGGACCAGUAUGCUCAGAUCUGGAACGCAUUGGUCACUGCCUUACAGAAGAGUGAAGACACCACAGACUUCUUGGAAUUCAAGUACUGCGCCAGCUUACGGACCCAAAUCUGUCAGGCGCUGCUUCACCUCUUGAGCUUGGCCAGUGCCUCAGACCUUCCUUGCAUCAAAGAAACCCUUGAAUUGAAUGGGGACAUGGUCCAGUCCUAUUUCCUACAGUUUUUAAAAUCAGGAGCAGAGGGAGAUGACACUGGAGCACCCCACAGCCCACAGGAAAGAGACCAGAUGGUCAGAACGGCCCUGGAGCACAUCAGCAGUGUCCAGGCACUGGCUGGUGACACAGCCAAAAGGGCCAUCGUGGCCUUUUUAGACAAUAUCCUGACUGUUUAUUUUGACUCAUCUGGAUCAUAAGUAGCACUCCUAGGAUGAACGAAUCGGUGAAUAUUCUACCAUACUUUUCAGGGGUCAAGUGGUAACAGGAAGACCCGAGCUGGAGCAUCAGAUAUUCAGGAUUGAAUCUUAGGGGUGAAAGUAAUCCAUCCACUGUUUAUUUAGAAUGACUUAGCAGCUGGUUAAAUUUUUCUAGCCCUGGCCAAGUAGCUCAGUUGGUUAGAGCAUCGUCCCCUUAAACCAGCGUUGCAGGUUCAAUCCUUGAUUAGGGCACAUACAAGAAGCAACCAAUGAAUGCAUAAAUUGGAAUAACAAAUCGAUGUUUCUCUGUCUCCAUCCCUCCCUCCCUCCCUCCUUCUCUCCCUCUCCCUCAUUUCCUUUCUCUAUAAAAUCAAAUUUUAAAAAAAAUUUAAUGUUUUCUAACAGGGCUCAGCCACUUUAGAGGGUGCAUUGGCCAUGGUCCAGGAUGUUGGAACCUCUGUCCCAUGCAUCCAGGAGCCAAGGAGUUGGGUUGUAGUGUGGGCUGGGCAGAUUGUGGGGUUGUGAAGGGUGUUACAUCUCAGAAGUUUAACAACAAAAGACAGCAAAAGGAUUUAGAAAUUUUGUCUGUGGGAAUUGUCUUUUGUAAUAAACCAUUGAAAAAUGGCGUGUCUAUAAUCUCCUGUUUUUAUCAAGUUGCAUUUAUAGAAAGCUGCACUGAACUCCCCACGUGCCCACCCCAGAAACCCCCUCCAUGCCUCCUGAAGGAAGAGGCUUGUUUUCUUGUCAUUUUCAUAAAAGUAAAAAUGUGUCAUGUA